AUGUCUUGGUCUAACUCCACCGCCUCUGACUCCAGUGUGACUUCUCCCACAGCCACAGAAACAACUUCCAAGGCCAGCUCUCCUUCCAUCUGUGCAACAGGAGGAAGCAUUGGAAAUACUACCAUUGAUUUCGAUAACUCUAAACCCGGGCCUCUCUUCAACCCUGUUGAAAACAUCUGGUUUUCGGGAGGUUUCCUUAUCGCACCCCCUUCCUCUCGGCAAUCUCAACCAUAUAUCCCUACUUCUGGUGGCCAGCUAGUGGAAUUUGUUCCUCCGGCACUCUCCAACACAACAUCUACGAUCUCAGGAGACGUCGCCCAGAUUGGCGUAGGGCCCCACGCCGCCAGUCCUUGCUUCCGAUUCGACCUCUUUGGAGCCAGCCUUGGAUGCGAUGCCCAUGGAGACGAGAAGUGGUGUGAGUUUGAGAUCUCAGCUUACCGCUGGAAUGAGACUUCGUCUACCGAAGAGUCCAUCGCUUGGUCGGAAACCAAGCAAGUACCGGCUUGUCCAACAUUUUCCGAGGGCGGCUACGAGCUGACCCACGUUGACCUGGAUGGCUACACAGACCUCUCAUCGGUUCUGAUCACCGUGCGCGUUUCUCAAAAUCUUCGUGUCUGGUGGGGAGAUGACUUCCGUGUCGGCUGGACUGACAACAGCUGUAUCGCUGCCUCUUGCCGUACCAACGUCCCAUCUCAGCUUGUCAAGCGAGAGACCGUUCUAUCUGCUCUUCGACAAGGUGUCUACCAGUGGACACCUCAUGAGCUCAAGCGUCUGGAAGACAGUCUGGUUUAG